CGUUGGCACCUGCCGAAAUGAGCCUCGAGCUCGCCGGAAUCGAAACUUGAAAAACUGCAUCUCUCCGCACGCCUGCUCCAGCCAAGCGUCAGCCCCCGAUUCUGGAAACCCGUCAAAAGCGCCAUCGCCGCCAUGUUCUACACCUUUCGCUCGGGUAUCGCCGAAGGCCCGACGCCGCCGCCCCGUCCGGUGCGUCAGCCCGGUUCCGGAUCGACCCGCAGUGACGGCCCCGCCUCGGCACAGUCGCGCUCCGGCGCCUUCAAGGCGUGCAAGCGGUGCCGUCUCUAUCGGAUCAAAUGCGGCGAUAAGCCAUGCGCGGCCUGUCGCGCCAACAAUGCCAAGUGUGUAUGGCAAAGCCCGGCCGAGUCUGCCGCCACAGGCGCUUCGUCUUCCAGGACUAGCAGUUUGAGCUCGCCGGCGCGUUCGCGUUCGCGCACGGCGUCUCCCCCGUCCACGCUCGCGCCCGUCACCGUCGCCGUGGCCGCUGAGGACCCUAGCACCCGCACCAUCUCCUCCGCUCCGCCGUCCGCUCAAUUUUCAUCGUCCUCCGACUCUCCAGCUCGUGAUUUCCGGCUCUUGUUGAAGACUGUUUCGGCUGGUCUGAGCUCGGACGGCGCCUGGGACAGCAAUCCAUUCCCUCCUCUGCCCCAAGACGCCGGCCUCUGGCACGACAUCGCCGCCCGCGUGGAUCCGUCGCCGACGCCGCUGAACAAGGCUCAGCAAACAUACUUUGCCCGCCUGUUUUGGACCUCGUGCGGCUCAUUCUUCCCGCUGAUGUCCGAGGUCGAGUUCCAGGCUCUGUUUGCAGCAGACUGGGCCAGCCUGUUCAGCAACAACCCCAUCGCAGCCGCCGUGGUCGACGGCAUGACGGCCCUCGGCACGCAGUGUGGCUAUGCGUCGGGCACGGGAGGCCGCAUUCUCGGCUUUGACGCCGCCACUCGAGCCGCCGACCCUCACCUCCUCCGCCAGCGCAGCGUCGAGUAUUUUGCCCGCUGCCGCGACCGUCUCCGCGACGAAGGCGCCCGGGUGACCGUCGAUGCGAUCCGCUGCUACGUUGUGCUUUCUCUCUACCAUCUCCAGGCCAACCAACUGGAAAGCGCGUACUACAUUGUCGGCCUAGGCGUCCGCCGCGCCCACAUGAUCAAGCUGCACCAGGCGCCGCCGCCGCACCUCGGCAGCCACGAGGCCGUCGGGCGCAUCCUUACCUGGUGGAUGCUGUACUGGCUCGACAUCCACUGCUCCAUGCAGCUUGACCGCCCGCCGGCCGUCCAGCAGUCGACCGUCACCUGCCCGCUGCCGCCCGACCCCCGGGACGACCCGCUCGCCGACGCCACGUCGGGGCAGGCCCCGUGGAAAGGCAUACACCCGAGCGCCUUCACAUACUUCUCUGCGAAGCUCACUCGCGCCAUGGCAGAGGCUCUAGAGGGUGCACCGAGCGCAAUCCUCCAGCACACGUCGGUUUCCGCGCUGGAGGAGUCCGCUCAGCAACUGCUAUCCAACUCCAUGAAGAGCCUGGAGAUUUGGCGCGCGAGCCUGCCGGUACAACUCACAAGCGCGCGCGAGGAAAGCAGCGGCAGCAGCAGCAGCAGCAGUACCAGCAGCUUAGGGUUAGAGCUGGCGACGCCCGAUUGGCUCCAACGCCAGCGGAUGAUCCUCGACCUCCGCUACUCCAAUGCUUGCAUGCUGCUUCAGCGUCCAUUUGUGCUAUGGAGUCAAAUCCCCGGCAUGUCUGGCAUUUCUGAGGAGAAUCUACCGCGCAGCAAGUACCAUGCUGACGGCGCGGUCCGGCAUGCCUCGAACAUGAUAUCCCUCCUCUACGGCACCUACUCUAAAACCGACAUCUUCGACGGUCUGCCCAUGACGCUCCAGUCGCUGUGGAACGCCGCCAUGACCCUCACAGCACACAUCUACGUCACCGGCGGCGCGAGUCCGCAGGCCGCCGAGCACGCCUACUCACUGUCGACGGCGCUGGUGGUCCUGGAGUCGCUAUCCCACGCGAACCCGGAGGCGGUGCGCGUCUACUCCAUCAUCAGCCUUCUCGCGUCACGGCUCCAGGAAGCCACGGGGUUGAGGAUACACCACGGCGACAGCAGUACUGGCGGUGACGGUGGUGGCGGCGAGCGGACCCCUGCCGAGCCGGAUCCGGCCUUCCUGUUCUCCCCUACCGACCUUUCGGGCCUCGGUGAUACGGCAGCACUGUCGGGCUUUUACGCGCCUGUCAAUACGAUGCAACAAACCCUUUUAGACGACGCCAACUACAUCACGACAGGCUUUGAUAAUACUCUCUAUCCGGGCUUUGAGAACCUGUUUGAUGAUUUAGGCGGAGAAGCCCACGCCAGCUCGUCGUCGUCGUCACAGUUCGUUAGCAAGCAUUCAUGAGAAUGGUGCACAGAUCCAGUGACGAAGCAAGGGGUUUAUAUGGGAUUGGAUAGCUAGACAAAGUGAUGAGGCCUAUAAACCCUGAGUCCGCAAAG